ACGUAAUAUUUCUGGCUCAGUCGAAAAUAGCCCGCGGGAUAGCAGCGUCGCGCGCAAAUAAAACAAUAUGGGUUGCGGCACUUGUGUUAAAGUUAUAGUUUUCAUCACCAAUAUAUUACUUGCAUUGGCGAGCUUGGCGCUGAUCGGCGUCGGCGUUGCGGCGUUAUUGAUCGUGGGCGGCGAUGGCCCCAUCGUUGUCAUCGUCGUCGGCGCCAUUGCCUUCGUCAUCUCAUUCCUGGGCUGCUGCGGCGCCUUAAUGGACAGCCAGUGCAUGUUGUUCUCUUACUCGAUCCUGCUGAUCAUCCUGAUGAAUCUGACGACCGCAUUGGCGACGGCGAUCGUGGUGGCCCAAGACUCCAUAAAGACCACAGCUACGGCUCUGCUCCAGCAGCAGUUCGAUGCUGACAACCAGUCCAUCUCCUGGCUUGAGGACGCGUUGAAGUGUUGCGGCACGCACGGCGCCCGGUCGUACCCGUACCUGAAGCUGCCAGCGUCUUGCUGCAGCGAAGAUAACUGCACCAUCGUCAACGCCUACCCUGGCUGCAACGGAGCUCUGAAUGAGUUCGUCGAGGACUUCGGGCUGGGCAUCGCUGGCUGCUGUGUACUGCUGGUCGCCAUUGAGUUGAUCGCAGUGAUCUUCGCCCUUUACCUGGCCAACCACGUGGCAAACAAGUACAAGAGCCGCUACUGAUUUCAUUGGUAAAGUGCGUGGUGGGGGAACUAGAAGCGGUCGCACAACUGUGAACUUU